AUGACCGCUUCCAACGACGAGGCCGCUAGUGUUGCCUCUAUGGAAGACCCCUUCGUUUCGAACGGCGGGAAGCCAGCCGUCCCCCGCGAAGCCCACCGAUACUCAUCCUUCGACACACAACUGUUUAGCCUCAAUGCGUCGUCCCCAGCACAAGCCAAACGGGCUCUCGAGGCUCAUUUGGCCGAAACCGAACGCCGACUGGAAGAGGCUUCGAGACUUGGAACCGCUUUGAUCGACCAGCAGCAACAGCUGGCCGAGCAAUUGAAGGAAGUCGAGUUGCAGCAGGAUGAUGGGGAAAUGGGUCCGGCGCUGCGCCGCAAGCUCGCUGAUUUGGAACGAGAGUACAAUGAGAUCGGUCGAGAGUCAGCGCGUGCGUUUUUGGCACCCAAGCGCCUUGCUGGAGGUACCGAAGAGGCUCAGCUAGGGACGCCCUCGUUUGACCAAAAGUCUCCUCUGAGUCCGGCUUUGUUUGCCAGCCAAGCAACUAAUUCUCCUAGCAAAGUCAGUGUUCCUUCACGAAAGCAGCGCAACCAACCGUCAAACCGUGUCCACGAUAUUGAAUUUGCGACCGAGAUCUCCACUUCUCUGUUGGCUCAAGUCCGCCAACUGCAGGCCCUGCUCGCUGAACGAGAAGAGACCAUCAAGUCUGUCAAUUUGGAAAAGUCCCGACUUGAGUUGGAAGCAGAGGGCUAUGGACAACGGAUCCGGGCACUGGAUGAUAGUGAACAGCGUUACAAGGACGAGAACUGGGCACUGGAGACGCAGGCACAUGAGCUCAUGGCAUCUGCGAGGGAAGCAGCUGAGCGUGAACAGCGACUAAACAGUUCGCUGACUGCGUCAACAACAGAGAAGAAUGACGUCGAACGAGAACUGGAAGAGCUGAGACAAGCAAACUCGAGGUUACUCGAGGAACAGAGCAUCACACAAAAGGCGAAUGAUGCGGAGAUCAAUCUGCUGCGCCGAAAUCUGAAUGCUGGCGAUUCGGAGAAAUCCGCCCUCCAGAAGAAACUCAUGGAAAUGACAUCUCAAAACCAAGAGCUUGCCAAAGCAGUCGCCAUGCGACUUCGAGAUCAUGAAAACCAGGGCUCUAGGGCAGUUUCAUAUGAGAAUGAGGAUGAGGAACCUGAGCAAAUUACUCCUGAAAGCUCUCCCCCGCCUUCCCCCAACAAGUUCACCCCUCGACACGGCCACUUGGAAUCAGAGACCUUGAAGAGCUCCCUUGGACAUGCCCAUCGUAUGAUCCAGAAUCUCAAGAGCACCAUUCACCGCGAGAAGACCGAAAAGAUCGAGCUUAAGCGCAUGCUGCAAGAUGCUCGCGAUGAAGUCGAGACACGUCGUCGGGACAGCACUGUGCCAAAUGGGUCGAGCAAACGUCAGAAAACCAAGACCGAUUCAUCUCGGAAGCCUCCCCGUCCAGAUCUUCUGGGCGCAGGGCGCAAAGAGAAGUCGUUCGUUGAACUCCACGAAACUGACUGGGAAGACAACGCCGGACAAAUUAGCCCAACCCAGGUCCAUGCUCCCUCGAGACCAACUACAGCUCGCUCUGGAAUUGAGUCUCCGGAUGAGCCUAGUGAUGUCUACCAGACUGCCACCGAGGCGGAGGAUGGCUUCGAGACCGCGAACGAGCGGGCGACUGCAACCGAGAGCGAAGCAUUCCAGACUGGUGUCGAGAGCAUGGCGGAUGACAGCAGCGACUCCGCGGCAGAUCUUACAGAGACUGAGCAGAAUGUGCAGACAACUCCACGUGCCAAGGGCUCUUCCAUUCACAUGACCAAGACUCGCAACCGCGACGCAUACCACAGUACAGCUUCCAACUCAUCAGAUGAAGAUGACUUUGACAAAGGCUUUGGCUCCCCAACACAGGCACACAUCUCCCGGCCCCGCGUGAAGUCAAAGCGCAGCAUUUCGAGGCGCAUUCGUCCAUCUGGAGAGGCUACGUUUGCAUCCACGAGCCGUCCUUCAAGCGCACGCGACUCUACAGCAAGUAGCUUUGAGCAAGCUGCGGCACCCCAAGAGGGCCAAAGCCUCUUUGCAGAGCUUGCGGAGUUUGACAGCGCCGAGGACGAUGGCGAGGCCACCUCUGUAGCUUCAACGCCGCGCAUGGAGCCUACUAUGGGUUCGCGCAGACCUUCAGAUGUUAUGUUAGACGCACCGUCCAGACCUGCCAUGGUGGAUUCGGGUGUGAUGACCGAGCCCUGGGAGCCCUCCCCUGUCGGUGCCGGCUUCGCUGCAGGCGCCGGCCUCGUCGCUGGAGCUGCCACCGGUGCCUUGGCUACCCACCUGACUGGAUCCAGAGACAGGGAUGUCAUGGAUGAAGCGGAGGAAAACACCCAGUCCGUCAGCUCAGGAACACAAUGGACUUCACAGAAACCCUUGCCUGUCGAAGGCGAAUACACGGCUGAUGUGUCUACACCACCAAAGAUGGCCUGGGAUGAGCAAGCCCUAUAUUCCAACGCACGCGAUCUUCCAGAAAUGGGUAUGGCGGAAGUCUCCUCCCAAGAGACCACUCCCUCUACACCUAAGCGGCCCGAACCCAGUGUCUCUUAUAUCAAUGGCGGUAUCACCGAACCGGUGAAGCAUGAGCUGCCCGCACCGGAAGUGCCGGAAAUGACGAUAUCCUCGAUCUCAACCCAGACCACCAGCCCUAUUCGACCCAAGGUUCUGGUACCUGAGCCAACCAUCAAGCAUGUUGAUGUCAUUAAAUACGUUGAGCGCGAGCCGGAGGUGCCCGAGUUGACCUUCUCCUCUAUCACUACUCAAACCACUGCGCCAGUUAAAGCGACCCUUGCUGUACCGGAGCCUGUCAUUCAAUACGUUGAUGUAAUUAAGGAGGUUGAGCGCGAACGUGAGCUUCUCGAAUUGAGUUUCUCCCCUGUCACAGCUCAGUCGACAACGCCUGUCCAGGCGGUUCAGGCUAAGAUCCCGCAACCGGAGCCUAUUGUCAAGUACGUCGAUGUUAUAAAACACGUGGAAGUUGAACGCGAGCGCGAACUUCCUACUUUGAGCAUUGCUUCCAUCGCCGGUCAUUCUACUGUCCCUGUGCAGGCCACCAAGGCGGCACCUGUCAUCGAGUACGUCGACGUUGUCAAGCACGUCGAAGUUGAACGCGAGCGUGAGCAUCCUACUCUAACCAUUGCUUCUAUCAAUGGUCACUCGACUGCUCCUGUGCGAGCCACCUUCGCCAAGCCGGAGCCAGUUAUCGAGUACGUUGAUGUGAUCAAGCACGUUGAAGUUGAACGUGAGCGUGAACUCCCUGCCCUGAGUAUCGCUUCUAUUGCUGGUCACUCCACUGCCCCUGUGCAGGCCACCAAGGCCGCUCCUGUCGUUGAAUACGUCGACGUCAUCAAACACGUCGAGGUUGAACGCGAGCGUGAGGUUCCAGAGUUGAGCUUGUCCUUCAUCACUACCCAAGCCACAGCCCCCGUCAAGGCAUCUGUUCCUGCGCCUCAGCCUCCUGUCAUCCAAUACGUCGACGUUGUCAAGCACAUUGAGCGUGAGCGCGAGGUUCCCGAUUUGACAAUCUCUUUGCUUGGCUCUACGUACACAAAGCCUGCCGCUUCAAAGCCUCGCGUUGCCCCCGCCCCAAAAUUAUCGUUCUCUUCCGUCCGCUCGGUCGAGACCCAGCCAGUCAAGUCUGUACUACCUGUGCUCCCCGGAGUGGCGGAUUUCUCCACCCAAACCGAGCCAGAAUCGAAGGCAGCUGGGGUCGUUGUGCAUGAAGACAAGUCUGUCGAUGAAAACGAUAGCCACAAAUUUGCUGGCGCUGGCCUCGCCCUAAAAGAUAUCUCUGGAAACAGCAUCAGCCGUUCUGCGAAGCGGCUAUCUAGCUCAGUCAGCAUGGAUCAAGGCUCUCAGACCAUUCUGUCCGCUAAGCAGAUUGAUCAGAUCUUGAUUGAGCGUUCUUCGCGCCCCCUGUCCUCAGACAGCAAGGUCACGGACAACUCCAAGGAAAUUGCUGCUGUCACUACUACCGCGACAUCUCCCUACACACCCAAGGCUAAUCUUCGACCUCGUCUCUCCCAAAUCCAACCUGCGAAAUCUACGCCAAGUCACCGUCGACCUCCCAGUGCUACCAGCCAAUUCUCCAAUGCAAGCGCUCAUCCCCCGCUGCCCGUCGACCACCGCGAAGCCAUCAUGGCUGCCGAGAAGAGGUCAAUAGACGUGGCACCACCAUCCCCGACCUCUGUCAUGGGUCCUCCCUUGGCACCCGCAUCUGCCUACCGAAUGAACUCCCAUCGUCCACUGACACCCAGCGAACAAGCUGUACGAGCCAGUUCUACGAGAACCGGAUCCUCUCAGGCCAGGAUGCGACGUGGCAGCCAGAGCCAAAUGUCUCGGCGAUCCUCGGUUUCAUCCUUCGCUUCGGAGGUUGAAGAGCGUUUCAACGGAAACCCCCACGCAGGCCCAAUGCCUCAGGGUUACGGGCCUAAUACCGACCCUCGCAUGAUCCAGGCAAUCACACAAACCAUGAUUGGAGAGUUCCUUUGGAAGUAUACACGCAAGACUGGUUCUUCCGAAAUGUCCUCCACUCGUCACCGCCGAUACUUCUGGGUCCACCCUUACACCCGUACCUUGUAUUGGAGCACCUCGGACCCGCAAACCGCUGGAAAGAGUGAGCUUCGCACUAAGAGUGUGCCCAUUGAGGCUGUCAGGGUGGUUGCCGAUGACAACCCUUAUCCACCAGGUCUUCACUGCAGAAGCCUGGAGGUCGUCAGUCCUGGCCGACGGGUUCGGUUCACGGCUACGACAAGCCAGAGGCAUGAGACCUGGUUUAACGCACUGUCCUAUCUUCUUUUGCGGGAGACUGAAGACAAUGGUGACGACGGCAACAGUGUCACUUUGGACGAUAUCGACGAAUUCAACCCUCCUAGUUUCCGCCAGAACACGCGCAUGUCGUUCUCCUCCCACAACAGUCGCACUGUUCGUAAUCCCCACAAGCAACAGCGAGCGGCUUCCGCUAUGUCGAUGCGAUCUGCCGGCACCCCCGGCGGUCGUGCAUCGCCGGCCCUCAGCUCCCCUGUUCCCAACUCGUCAUUGCAGGUCCCAGAUGGUCAGCGCUCUUCAUCGCGGCUGAGCACAAUCUCCAGCUCGAUCCGAGGCUCCAUUGCCAGCAUGAAGGGUCGCCACGGCCAAUCUCCCAGCAUGCACAACGAAAGUCUUCACGGCCAAGAAAGCGCCGAUGAUCUCCGACAAGCGAUGGAGAACCAAGAACAAGAUCGACUUGAGAACGUCCGCGCCUGCUGUGAUGGCAAGCAUGAUGUCGGCUCCCUUUCUCGUACUAGUCGGUACAGCCCGCGAGUUGAUCGCAUCCACUCCCCUCACCCUCACUGA